AUGCUCCUCUUUGUGGAACGCGGUGUACGCGGUGGUUGUCAGUGCUCCCACAGAUACGCGCGAGCCAACAAUAAGUAUCUUCCGUCGCACGAUCCGUUAGAAGCAUCGACGUAUCUCAUGUACUACGACGUAAAUAAUCUGUACGGAUGGGCUAUGCGUGAAUCAUUGCCGUACGCGCAGUUUCAAUGGGUCGAUGACGUCAACGCGGAAAGUCUAGACAUAAUGGCUGUGACCGCAAAUUCCGAUAUCGGUUACAUUCUUGAGGUGGAUCUUUCGUAUCCGCGCGAACUCCACGACGCUCACGCGGAUCUUCCGUUCUGUCCGUUGCGCGCUGCACCUCCAGGCAAGGUCACCGAUAAGCUGUUAGCGACGCUUCACGAUAAGUCGCGCUACGUUAUACACUAUCGCAAUUUGCAGCAAUGUGUGCGUCAUGGGAUGCGUAUACUUAAGAUUCAUCGCGUUUUACGAUUCGCACAAUCGCCAUGGCUGCGCGGAUAUAUCGAAUUGAAUACGAGGUUUAGAAUCUGUGCGAAUAACGAAUUCGAGAGAACUAUGUACAAGCUUAUGAACAACGCGGUGUACGUAGAAGCGUGUUUCUCCGAGGAUCUGAUGGCCGUUGAUUUACGAAAACUCGAAGUGAUGCUCAACAAACCGAUAUACGUUGGCAUGGCCAUCCUGGAGAUAGCGAAAACGAUGGAUAUGAAACGCUACAUCGAAAGAUUCGACACGAGCGACUACGCCGAGAACAACGUGUUCGGUAUGCCGCGCGCGAAUAAGAGCGUUCCGGGUCUGAUGAAGGAUGAGAAUCGUGGCGCGAUUAUGGUAGAAUUCGUAGGGUUGAGAGCGAAGAU